CCCGUGUGUUUCAAGAUAAAUAUCUGGAAAGUCUGUAUACCAUUAAUUAUACCUUUACUGAUACAUAAGUUUACGCUGAUUGUUAGUUUAUACAUUGUUUGUGCAUAUAAAAUUGUGUUUUCUAGUUACAUAUUGGAUACACUUCCACAGAGAAGAGAUGAUGGCCGACCUGAUACGUACGUCAAUGUUCUGUGACGUCAAUGACGUAUUUACUGACGAUGAACAAAGGUUUCUUGUUGAUAUCGAACACACGUGCAUACCGGAUGCUUCUUAUUGUGACAAUUUCCUGGAAUUCAUGGCUAGAACCUCGGACAGUGUUGAUGAGGUGUCAUCGGCUCACGAGAUUUCACUGGAUCCUCUUCAACAACAACAGCAGCAGCAGCAGCAGACACAACAGCAGAUGACAUAUAACGCUGAAAAUGACGUCACUAUCAUAGAUCAACAGACGAUAUCCAUCGGUAGUUCGUGUCACAGUUCUGUUGCCACAGAAGAGACUUGUCAAGACUUCUUGUCACGAAUUGUACAAGCGUCAAAAGUUGAUUUAUGCACGUUCAACAAUGUAGCUGCUAGUGAAAUCUUUGGUAAUGAUUAUCUUCAACCGGUUGUAUUUGAUACAGAGACAAAUUCGCCCGUGAAGCAGACACAAAUCAAUGACUCAAAACCUGUGAGAACUUCGGUCAAAAUAACUAGACCACCGUAUUCAUACACCGCAUGUGCCGUCGCCGCCAUUUACUUAUCAGGCAAGGACUGUCUCAGUACAAAUGCCAUCAUGGAAAAACUGUGUUCUAUGUUUGAAGAAGUGAGACCAUGUAGAUCACAGUUCAGAAAACAUCUUUCCAAAACCUUGAAAACCAACAAGUUAUUCAAACAGGUUGAUCGAGACAUCUACAGUGUGGUUCCUGGGCGUGUUAACAGAAACGUAUUUCACCGACAAUACUGUGUUAAUCAAGAUCAAAGAGAAAAAUAUGCCGACAUGAUUCACAAUCAUCUUGAAAUUCCGUCUAUGUUGAAACAUUUUGGUAUUGAACUCACUACUACGGUGAAAUGCUCACAGAAGAAGCGCGUGAAUGUUGUGAGUGACCUACUUAAGUAUCGUAAAUCGGUCAAAGAACAGUUGCAGUCAGUGAGGCACGUGAAUGAGAACACUGGUGACUUAGAAAUGCCAGGGCGUCCGUGUUUCCAUGACAACUCUGAUAAUGAAGAUGACGAAAUGCUGAAGAAUCCUCUCGGACGGAACAUCUCACCAGUGUCUGUAGAACCGUUUCCGGACAAUGCUAAUGUGUAUAGUGACGAAUCGAGAAGUUGUGUUGAAACUGUAGAAUCUGAACGAAUUCCUCCAUGUGCAGAUAACGUUACUUAUACUCCGGCCGUGGUUGUUCCCGUUCCGCGUUAUGCUGUACCAACUCCGUCAGCAUGUGUACCACUCCGCUGCCAGGAUUACCACAUUCCUUAUGUAGGAACAUUUCGAUUGGUUGACAUGUACUAUAACGGUCAGAUCAUUCAUCAGUUGUAUUCCUAAUUCAUGAGUGUUUACAAUAGAUUUUAAACGUCUUACGAAGAAUUUGAUUUGUUAAUGUUUAACAUGAUGAUAAAUUCAUAUCAAGUAUGUACAUAAAGUGAGCAUGUAUGUUUUAUAUCUUGAAAAUUACAAUUUUAGCAAGUUCAAACCCCCAUUAUCAGAUUGGCCUCGGCAAUUUCCCCGUGCCUCUAUGCAACUAACGCUUAGAAUACACAUGUUAAUAAUUGUAAUAUUUCAGUAGAAAUGUAUAUACUUUGUAUUAUUUUGAUUUUAUUCGACCCGUUGAAGUUAUACAUGGGGAUGUGUGUCCUACUUCAUUUAUAUUAACGGUGGCUAAUCGCAGUUAAUGUAACAUCUAUUUCUUUUUCUACUGAAUGGCUGUCAGAAUAUAAUUAUCAGUAUUAAAUAUAUUUGAGCCGUGCCAUGAGAAAACUAACAUAGUGGCUU